AUGGCUCUCAGGAGGAUAAUUGCAAGCCUCCCAUGGCUUUGUGACCCAGCUGAGAUUCACACUGAAUCAGUUUCACUUGCUGACGAAGCUAAGGCUGAUGCCAUUUCAGCUGUCAUUGAUCAAAGAGAUGUUCCUAAUUGGGACAUCCCUCUUCACUUGGCUGUCAAAUUUGGUGAUGACACUGUUACUGAGAUGCUUAUGCUUGCUGGGGCAGAUUGGAGCUUGCAGAAUGAACAGAGUUCCUUUGGGUUACUUUGCAUGGUGUUGCACAAAGAUAAGGAGGUCAUGAAAGCUUUAGAUGGUGCAGGAGCUCCAGUAAUUGAGGCAAAUGUGCAGCAGGAAGUGAGAAACUUGGUGAUAUAUUGA